AUGUGGAGGAGGUGGGUAGACCGUGGAGGAAGAAGGGGGAAACAGGGUAGCAAAUAGAGGCCAAGCAGCACUUGAGCCAACAGUGAUUACAGGUGAUAAUUGUAAAAUAUUUUGUGUUCUUUUCCCCCAGCUUUGAAGUCUUGGCCCUUGUCUGUUCAAGUCCUGGUGGCCACUCAAGCUUGAUUUAUGACAGUUUCACGCUAGACAUCCAAAUUACACUGUACCUUAGUCUAGCCAUGGCAAGGUAUCAAUCACUCAAUAGAACGUGGCUAAUUGUUGCCGUAGAGAUAUGUGAUGUUCAUGUCAGACAUGAUGAUAAGUGUUUUUGCUCAGUUUUCUCAGCUAUAAGGUGUAAAGAGUUUAUUGAUGUAGCUUACCUGAUGAAGUCACUAAAUGUCAGGCGUGAAACCACAAUUAGUCAUUAUUUUCACAGAACACCCAAGAUAUUAUACUUUACAAUAAAAUAGUGUGGGUGCGAAAGAAGUGAACUUUGAUUAAGUGAUUCUUUGUAAGGUUGAUUUCUAACUGCCAUUUGAUGAUAGUGUUAUAACAUCCUGAGAGCAUUUUAUAAUAUGUAUUUCCAAGGCAAAUUUAUGUUAAUCUCUUUCAACUACUGUGUGUGCAAGACCUAGUGAAUCACAACGGCUGCUACUGCAAUGCUUUCUCAGUCCUAAAAAAAACUAUUCCUAAGACGUGAAAAGUGACUCAUUGUUUUUAAGAUAGCAUUUCUAUCUGUCAGGACAUUCAUACUCAAAAACUUGCCUACAGAAAUUUCUUCUACGCACCAUUAUUUUUGGGGUACUCAUUAUUUUUUAGAUAACAUUUCUACUGAAAUAUUCCAGGCAUUUCACAAAUGUCUUCCCUCCAACAACAUACCAUGUUUUUUUCACAAUGUUGUAAUGCUGCUGGAUAUCAUCACAUGUUCAUGUUCCAUUGUGACACUGAUAAUGCUAAUAAUGCACCUCAGAAGCGGAGGAGAUCCUGCAUGACUGGGGAGGCUGGGGAGAGGAGAGGAGGGGGUGUGAGUGUCUGAGCAGUUGACUGAUCCUUCUCCUGUUUGCCCCCAGGGCCCUCGUAAACACAUAAUACAACUUUGCUUUUAGGCAAGCCUUCCUACAAUGUGGCACAUACAAAAAGACAAGUCUUUAAAAGCACCUCUCACCUGUCAGAGACAUCCAGAGGUAUGAACUGACUCACUGGAAGGAGCUAAGAGACAGUAGAAGGAGAGUGGUAUGGCUGAACACUAGCACUGUCUGCCGUUGCAUUGGAGUCACGUAGGAUAGAACCGGAGCUUGGAACUACCAGCCCAGAGGAGUUUCACCAGUUUUACCUCAGCUUGGAAGGUGUCUGCAGAAAGAGGCACCAGUGACAGAGAUGAGCCUGUCUUCUCAGAGUACAGUACCGAGGAGGAGUGUGGGCACCAGGCCAGCCAUGAGCAGCCACGCUAUUCUCACCAAGUCAGAGUUCUCUGAGGAGGAGCAAGAGGGGAUUCUGCUGGGUUUGGAUGAGGAGAAGGACAGUGGCAGCGAGGACAGCGAGGCUGGCUCAAAUAACUCUUUAGAGAGCAAGGGCGGCACGGCCGGCAGCUGCCCUGAUGUGAAGAGACGCAGUCGUCCUGUCCGCUCCAAAUCCCGCCGUGUGGCCGCCAAUGUUCGCGAGCGAAAACGUAUCCUGGACUACAACCAGUCUUUCAAUGCACUGCGCAUGGUGCUCAAACAUGACCUCAACGGCAAGCGACUGUCCAAGAUCGCCACUCUGAGACGUGCCAUCAACCACAUCUCUUCGCUGACCGUCUUCCUGCGCUCCCACCCCAGCCCCAGUGCCCUGCAAGGAGGACAUCCAACCUGCACCCACGCAGAGUGCCUCAGAGAGCAGCCCUUGGCUGGAAUUGAGGAGGCCAUGCUGGUCCUGGGGAAGGACAGGGAGAGAGAGAGGGGCUUCCAGAUCCCGGUGGAGACCUACUGUCUGCAGCAUAAGCCGUUGCAUUGGAGUCAACACCACCAGCAGUCCCUGCAGGAUCACGGUGGCCACAAGGCUCCCAUCAUUCUGCCUCCAGAGCUCCAGCCCUACACAGACACCCCAGGAGGAGGACACCCCAGCCCUUCGUGCCUGCCAUCCCCAUCCUAUGCUCACUUCUCCCCCACUGAGACCCAGUUCUACACACCCUCGCACCCUCACGAGGAGUUGAGCAGCCCCCCGUACUACAUCAGCAGCGAGUGGAGUGGGGGGUCAGGGUACCCGUUUGGAGUGAGGGCCAAUUGUCGCCCGAACCACACUGACAGCUUCUCAGACUCCUCUCCUGCUGUGUCCUUCACGUGGCAGCUGGGUUACCUCCAAGGCUCAGCUGGCUACCAACAGUUCCUUACCAUGUACUGACUGAAUGAAUUCAAGACAUGAGCUCUAGUGGAGGGCACCAACGUUAAAGUCUACAAUGAUGUCAAACAGAGGGAAGCUGACAUGUCUAUAUGUCUAUGUAUGUACAGUAUGAAUGGGAUUGCAAUGAUGGCUUUGGCUAUUUGGCUUUGCAAGGGGAUUUCUUAGUAAUGUCUUACACUUGUUUAAACAGAUUGACAAAAGUGUUGAUGAAAUUAAAUGUUACAGCCGAAUACAGUGUAUGUUUUACCUCCAAUAGUCCCUAAAAGCAAAAUAAAUGUGUUUUAACAUUUCAUCAUGUGUUUUUAAUGCAGAAUAUAAUGUGCUAAAUAUAGCUACUGAAUGAGCUGUAUGAGUUGUUCGUCUUAAAACAGAGCACGAGGGACUAAACACAAUAUACAUCUAUAUUUUUGUUUACCUGAGCUAUGUAUGUUUUCAUGAGAAAGAUGACUGUUUUCUCAAUGAGAGAAUCCUAGUGCUUCCUUCUGCAAAAAUUCGUAUUUAUGUAAGAAUUUAAAAAUAAUGAUGUAAUAAUAAAGAGAAUGAAACAUGUUCUGAACAUUAUGCAUCGCCCGUACUGAAAAAACUAAAUGAA